GGUGAAGCGGCUGCGGCGGGUGGGCCUGGCGGGGGCUGCCUCGGCGUCCCCCUGUGGUCCGCGAGCCCCAGGGCGGGCGGCCCAUGGAGAAGGCCGGGGGGCGCGGCGGCCCGCGGGGGCCCGUGCUGCACAUCGUGGUGGUGGGCUUCCACCACAAGAAGGGCUGCCAGGUGGAAUUCUCCUAUCCUCCCCUGAUCACCGGAGAAAGCCAUGACAGCCACACUUUACCUGAGGAAUGGAAGUAUUUGCCUUUCCUUGCCUUGCCUGAUGGAGCUCACAACUAUCAGGAAGAUACUGUGUUUUUCCACCUGCCCCCCAGAAAUGGAAAUGGAAUGACAGUAUAUGGUGUUUCUUGCUACAGACAGAUUGAAGCCAAGGCACUCAAAGUAAGGCAAGCGGACGUAACCAGAGAAACUGUCCAGAAAAGUGUCUGUGUUCUGAGCCAGCUGCCUCUCUAUGGUUUACUCCAAGCAAAACUUCAGCUCAUUACACAUGCCUAUUUUGAAGAGAAGGAUUUUUCCCAAAUUUCAAUCCUGAAGGAGCUCUAUGAGCAUAUGAAUAGUUCCUUGGGAGGAGCUUCCAUAGAAGGGUCACAAGUAUACCUUGGUCUUUCCCCAAGAGAUCUGGUCCUUCAAUUUCGACACAAGGUCUUAAUCCUAUUUAAGCUGAUUCUUCUGGAGAAAAAGGUUCUGUUUUAUAUUUCUCCAGUGAAUAGAUUGGUAGGUGCACUAAUGACUGUGUUAUCCCUUUUUCCAGGCAUGAUAGAACAUGGCCUCCGGGACUGCUCCCAGUACAGGCCCAGAAAGAGCCUCUCUGAGGAUGCCGGGCUCCAGCAAGCUACCCGUCCUGCAGAUGACUGUGUUUCUGGGUCUGCUUCUGACAUGUCGCAUACAAAUUCAGGAAUGUGCAUAAAAAAAGUCUCUGGGAGCCACGGAGGGGAUGCCUCAAAGGCAGAUGGGAUCCUGGCCCGAACAGCAAAAGAUGCCAGUGGCACACAAGCGUCCGAUGGCUCUGGCCAGCCUGUGAGACUUCCUGUGCAUGUGACCCCCGAGACAUCCGAAAAUGAAUGGGAGGCCCUGGACCCUGGCGUCUUAGAGAGCACCAGCAUGAGAGAAAAGGAACAGGUGGAGCAUAAACAGACACACUUCCUUUCGAGGGACCGAGUACCCUCCGAGAGCCCUCCAAUUACUGUGCAGCCUCAAGCUAACCUGGGCCAGGUGGUGUUUGUGCCAGGACUCAUCUCUGGUUUGGAAGAGGACCAAUAUGGCAUGCCAUUGGCCAUCUUCACCAAGGGCUAUCUCUGUUUGCCAUACAUGGCUUUGCAGCAGCAUCACCUUCUCUCUGAUGUGACUGUCCGAGGAUUUGUUGCUGGGGCAACCAACAUUCUUUUUCGGCAACAGAAACACCUCAGUGAUGCCAUUGUAGAAGUAGAAGAAGCAGUCAUUCACAUCCAUGACCCAGAACUGAGGAAGAUUCUGAGCCCUACCACUGCUGACCUGAGAUUUGCUGACGAUUUGGUGAAGCACGUGACUGAGAACCGAGAUGACGUGUUCCUGGACGGGACAGGUUGGGAGGGAGGGGACGAGUGGAUCCGAGCACAGUUUGCAGUCUAUGUACACGCCCUGCUUGCUGCCUCACUGCAGUUAGAUAAUGAAAAGAUGCUAUCAGACUAUGGGACAACCUUUGUCGCGGCCUGGAAGAAUACACACAAUUACAGGGUCUGGAACAGCAACCGACAUCCGGCUCUGGCAGAAAUAAACCCAAACCAUCCCUUCCAGGGCCAGUAUUCGGUGUCGGACGUGAAGUUGAGAUUCUCCCACUCUGUCCAGAAUAGCGAACGCGGCAAAAAGCUCGGAAACGCCAUGGUCGUGACGAGCCGGAACGUUGUACAAACCGGAAAAGCCGUGGGCCAGUCCGUUGGUGGAGCUCUGUCCAGUGCAAAGACAGCCAUGUCCUUGUGGCUGUCCACUUUGACCCAGUCAACCACACAAGGUCUCACAGACCCACCAGAUGGGAAGCAGUGAGCGUGGUGGUCAGAGCCUGCUGGGAGACUGGAUCUUUCUGCUGCCUUCAGGACACUGGGUCCACACGAAGGGGAACCAGCGAAUGUUGUAAACGGUUGCUCUCUGUGUAUUUUUAAAAUAUGUGAGAGUGUGAGUGAAUGUAGCCUAAUUCGGAAGCAUAAAAGAAUGACUGUUAUGAGGUUGCUAUCUAGAAUGUGUGUCCAGAUUGACUACUUUUAUUUAAAUCUGAGCCUUUCUAAUGGGACCAUGUGAUGGUUUCGAUUUUCUGAUUUGUACAUUUAGUUGUCUGUAGAAGUUUAUGUAAAUUAUAGUUAGGUUUUAUCUUUUGGAUAGACAAAUGCCUAUUAUAAUUUGUUCAUUAAAAGUAAUAUCAUAUAUUGAUUCCUCUCAGAUUGGGCCCACAAAUGUUAUCUGGCCCUUGGCUUUGUAAGUUUUGAGCCCUUUGCUGUUGGAUUUUGUUUUUCUUAUUUUAUUCUAUUCUAAAUUAAUUUAAGCAGAUGUAUAGAUUCAUCCUUACAUGACAAGGGUAUAAAUUUGUUAUUGUUUUCCUGCUCUUAAUUUCCCUUCCCCCAAUUCAAUUGCACCUGUUCAUUUGCAACUCAAAGAUGAUGGUGGAAAAAGGUGAGGUUUUUAAAGUUAAUCUUCUAAUCCUUGAAAACUUGUUAUAUCACCGGUGUCCUUUCCAGGCUGGCCCUGCCUUCCUUCCUUUACCUAAUUCAGUCCCAGAAACUAAGAAGGGCAGGGCUGCAUUUGAUUGGUUGGAAACCAGUAUUUGCCCUGGGACAUAUUUUUCAAGAUGGCUGCUGUUUGUGUCUUCCUGACCCUGGCCGUGUUAAAAUCUUCUGUAUACACGCAUGGAUAUCUGAACUCAGUGCCUUCUGGGUUCUUCCUCUGCACAUUUUGUCCUGUAGGUUUUUCCCCAGGAUUUUUGUUCUCAUACAGGUGCCUGGCCUUUCUCCCUUCCCAACUGAAAGUCAUUCUUCUUUUCAGUUGUUUCCUCCUCAGUAUAUUUUUAGAAGAAGAGCAAAAAGCUCUGUGUAAAAUAGGAGUGCCAUUCCAGUGCAAAUCUGAAUGAUAUUGAUGUUUAAGGAAAGAAAGCAAAGCCAGGGGAUAGAAGGGAAGGUCCCUGGCCUCUCACUGCCUGGGCCUGCUGUCAGGUUUGUGCAGAGCUAUAUGAGAUGCUGUACUUGCCCCUGAAAGCUCUGCUUUCCAACUAGCCAGUGGGGCUCUCUAGCAGAAAGGUUUUCAGGGACCAGGUCUAGUGGACGAGUCGCUUUCCUCAUGUUGACAUUUUCGUCAGACAUUCCUCUUGUCUGUAGUACUACGCUAACGUGUCGUGAGAUCAUGCUUUCCCAGCCCUCUGUUGAAAAGUCAUUGGAUUUCUCAGUUCCUCAGCAGGAGACCAUGUCUCAAGGAGGCCAGACUCAUGCUGCCCUCUCAGACACGCGAUAACUGCCCGUGUCCAUGCUGGUCCUGUGCGGGCCACACCACUUCCUGGACACUCCAUCAAGAGCAGGGGUGUUCUUCCUGCCAGUCACGUACUUGGUUACAGGGAGAGACUCCAGGUGUGAGGAUGAUGACUGACGAAGGGAAUGGCAGCCUCCCAGCCUCCCUCUUAUCUCCUCCUUGCUGCCCCCCUCCCCCAGUUUCACCGGUGGCAGUGUGUCUGCUGCCUGUCAUCUCUCCUGUUAGGGAGCGGCCCAUUUGGCCACGUUCUUUGCAAAAGCUUUCUUCCCCCAGGUCGAUUGUGUGAAGAGAAAGCCAUUCCAGUUCCCCAAGACGCUAGCUGAGUCUCUUAAAGUGUUUGCCCCAGAAGCCUUUUCCUGGCCAGGCCAGGUCCCAUUGGGAGUUUCAGAAGUAGUCUACCACCACUCCUUAAGGGGGUAAGGAUCGGAGAGCUGCAGCAGUUUUGUCCAAAGAACUGUCAUUCGUUGGAAGACGUUGGAGUAGAUGAACCAGACUUGCAUUGAAGGACCCUCUCUUAUCUGCAGUGACUCUGUGUGUGUGUAUUUAUGGGUAUGAAUCUUAGCUCUGCCAUAGCAUGACUUCUUGAUUGGAAUAUGUACCUCAGAGGAGCUUUCCAUUAGUAUUUCAGUGAGGAUAAGUUCAGGUCUUUUAAGAAAACACCAUAAUUCAAUGGAUUGAGCAUGAGUCAUGAACAGAGAAGGAGGUGCUGUGCCGAGUGGAGACAGCUUUGCUCUUGAAUUCCUUGUUUCCUCAGCAGGCUUCCAUGGACUUUAAGAGAGAAGAGUUUGAACAUAGAGAAGAAUAGAGCUCAGGAUCUAGUUCCCAAGUGAAGAGCUUGCCUGCAUCGUUUCCCCCCUGGUCUAGGAAGACUAAAAAGGCAUUUUUCCUGUAGCUCUAAAGGUCUAGCAGGGAGCCAGCACAGGAUCCGGUGGCUGGCUCAGGGCCCAGCCGGCAGGUGUAUUGCCAGCACAGAACUCUCCCCUCACUCCCUGGCCAUCUUUUUGACACUUUGACAGGAAAGUUGGGAGGUUUGAGGGCAUGUGUUGAAGACCUGGCCAGAACUGCAUAGAGAUUGCAGACUUUGAGGAGAGCUCAUGAAAUAAGCCUUUGCCUCCCCAUCCAACUGUUGAACAUGGAUGCUCACCCAUUCUCCGUCUGCAGGCUGUCCAGAUAAGUGAUGCUGCUAGGACAGGUGAUGGAGAAAACACUUGUCAUUCCAAACCAAGCCCUAAGUAGCAAGUGUUUACGUUGACUGGCACACUAGUUGGGAGAGACCGUCCAGCUGAGUGCCACACCUUCAAAAGGAAGAUAUUUGAUACUCAAAUUAAGGCUGAUUAUAAUUGUGUAGAAUCCACAAUUCCCCCAAAAAAAAAUCCCAUAAGCAUCAUGUGUGUGUCUGUAUAUUCAGUAUAACUCUGUUCCCCCCAAGACCAUCUAAUGAGUGAUGUGCCAGCCGCUCAGACUAACUCAUAUCCUCCUGCUUUAAAAAACCUUUUUAAAGCAAUACCCAUCCUGCCAUGAUGGGCUUUGAGGGUAGACUGAGCCCAGGAUUCUGUAUUUUCUCAAGGAAAUCAGUGUUUAUAACUAUUCCCGUGAUACUUAUCUUGUGUGACUUCAAAGUGGGGGGCAGGGUUGGAGAACAAGGUUUAUAGAUGCCUGGGUCAGAGUCUACUGAGAACAGUAUUUAAUCCUCUAACAGAGUUCUUUUGGAGAGAAGUUGGGUGUUAUCAGUGAAUGAUCUGAGUGUUUCAGGUUCAAAUGAAGAGAUGCUGUUCUCUAAGAGCAGAUAGGAAUUUGUCAGGGGCUGGUUUGUAUUGGGCAGGGCUUGGAGCUUUGAGCCAGAGUUGCUUUUCUUCAGGUACCCUGCGUCAUUGAGGCUGUUGAAGCUGGUAAACCAAGUACUUAAUCAUUGUUGAAUUUGGGGGUGAAGCAUACUGGCCCUGUAUCUUUGGGGCUUUCUUGUCCCAGAGACUUGUAAGGGAGCUGGACUUUGUGGGGCUAAUGUAGCAUAGAAUCUAGUGACUUCAUUAGUGGGAAAUUGCAGGGAGGAAAGGGGCAACAGUAGCCCUACCAUCCCCCCACCCCUCCCUCACUUGGUGGUUUCUCUUCACCUGCUAUUUGGCUCAAUAGGGUUUGGGGCAGAGGCCUGCUUUUGGGGUGUCCUAACCGUUUGACCCACCACACUCUGACCUUCUACCCAGUUCUUUUGGGACAGACGCUUGAGUAGACCAGCCAUGUCUACCAACAGACGUAGCCUCAAAAUCUCAUGCAAAGCAUGAUCCCAGCAUCCAGCCAGUUACUGGAGGAAUCCUUCUGUGUAGCAUAAUGUAGGAAUGGGAGUUUUCUCAUUCAAAAUCUCCUGACAUAUGUGAUCUGGAAAGGUUCUUUUCACAACAUUCAACGUUCUGUAAAUAUUUCUUAAGGACAGUGAAGAGAAAUAAAGAUCUGGUCUUCUCAACAGGCCAGUAGUUGUGUUUUACAAGAGAUUUACUGAUAGCAUCAUGAUGCAAAGUUUCUACCUCUGAUCGCUCCAAAACAAGAUAGUGUGCAUGCCCAGAAACUGGUCUCUUUUCUGAAAUUUCGAUGAAUUUGUAUUUUGCAGUGCCACUUUCAAAUUUGCUUUUUUCCUUAUUGGUUAAAGAUGGGAGACUAUAUUGAAAUCAUGUAAAUGGGGCUUGGUUUACCUAGUUCUUUUCCACCUCUCGCUGUCCACUGACCUCUCACAUGUAUUGUGAGCUUCUCAGAAUAUUUUUUUACUGCAGGAUAACCUUCAUCCAUUUCAGUAUGGUGGUGGGGUGGCAGAAUGUGAUUUGAGUUUCUCAGAAGGCUUCUAUGUUUGCAAGGCCAUUUUAUGUUGUUUUCUUGAAAUGUUUCAAUAUUUUACAGCUGGACCAAUCGUAUUAAAAAAUCAGACUGUCAAUGUUUGGGACACCCUGAUGGUUUGUGUCUAGAUUCCAGAAGCAUUUCAUUACAGGGAAGAUGAAUUCUUUUAGUGGUCUUAAGAUGACUUUAAUAUUGGAAACUAAAAACUCGACUCUGUCUCACCAAGGAAGUCAGAUGUGAAGUGAUCACAGAAGGGGUCCACGGGUGCGUGAGGCAGUCUCCCUUAAGUCAUGAGCUUUAUCAUUUGAGCUGUGUGAUUGUAAAAACACCUUCGGUCUGUAAAUCAUAUUGUCCAAUUGUGCUGAAGUGUAAAGCACUGUUCUUUCAAAAAGAAAAAAAUGAGAAUAAAAUGUGCUGUUCCUGCCCUGCCUCCUC